AAACACUGUUAUUGGAUGCCAACUAUUACGUUAGUAAUAAAAUUAUACGUCAGCAAUAAAAUUAUAUACACAAUAUGCAUUUGGUUCGGACACCUGUUACCCGCAAUAUUCAUUGAAAUUUUUCAAAAAUGCAUAGGUGCUCCGCAAAGCAUAUGGAAAUUGUAUGGUAAAAUUCACAAAUUCAAUAACAUGAUCAGUUACUUUAUGAUGAACAACUGGACUCAUACAAAUGACAACAUUCAGGCGAUCUGGCGACGCAUGAAUAAAAAUGAUCAGUUUUUAUUCGACUUUAACAUGAAAGGUUUCGAUUGGUCGAAAUAUUUGGAAGAUCAUUUCAGAGGUAUGCGUCUUUAUCUGCUUAAGGAUGAUUUGAGCACUUUGGAAGUCAGUCGUAUCAAAUGGAAAAGAUUGUAUUGGAUACAUCAAGUGACUAAGAUCGUGCUUACAUUCAUCGUCUUCAUGUUGGUCUGGAAGCUAUUUACAGAAAUAUUUUUGUAAUCUAGAUUUUACAGAAAUAUUUACAGAGCUAUUUACAGAAAUUUUUUUGUAAU